AAUUCGAAAAAAUCCGUCGAUUAAAAUGGAAUCUUUCAAAAUUGGUUUAUGUCUAAUUAUUUCGAUAGUUAUCGUUAUAAAUGCCACCGAACAACAACCAAGACCAGAAAAUUUAACUGCGGAUCAAUGUUCAUGGUCUCCGGAUGGUAAUGAUACAUCUAGAACUGCCGUAGCAUGCCAUCUUCGAAAAUUGGAUGGUGAAUUUGGUGCAUUACCAUCGGAAGUAACAUCGAAAUUACGUAUUAAAUGUAAUGAGAUGUUAUUGUUCGAAAGUUCAAUUACAUCACGUGCAUUUCAAAAAUUGCAUCAAUUAUCCGAAUUAUUUAUCGAUAGUUGUAAAUUACUGCACAUACCAAAUGAUUCAUUCGAUGGACUACGAGAAUUAAAGAAAUUAACAGUCAACACAUAUAAUAUUGAAUGGAGUUCUAAUAAAUAUUUAGAACUUGCUACGGGCAGUUUGAUUGGCUUACGUGAACUUCAACAUUUGGAUUUAUCGUAUAAUAACAUUCGAGCAUUACCUGGAGAUGUUUUCUGUCCGUUGGAAAAUAUGCAAAUACUAAAUUUAACUCGUAAUCGAAUUCGGAAUGUUGAUCGUUUGGGGUUGGGAAACGAACCACGCACAUUUUGUGGUGGUGCUGAACUACAAGCUUUGGAUUUAUCCUUCAACGAAUUACAUGCAGUGCCAGAAGGAUCUGCACUUACUCGAUUACGCCGUUUACAACAUUUGAAUUUAAGCCACAAUAAUAUUACUGAAGUAUCCGGUGAAGCUUUAGCUGGUUUAGUUUCCUUGCGUAUUUUAGAUUUGUCAAGUAAUCGUCUAGAAACCUUACCUCAGGGUCUGUUUGCUGGAUCACGCGAAUUACGUGAAGUUCAUUUGCAAAAUAAUUCACUGUUCUCAUUGGCAAGAGGGUUAUUUCAUCGCUUAGAACAAUUGUUGGUUCUUGAUUUAUCUGGCAACCAACUAUCAUCUAGUCAUGUGGAUGCAGGAACAUUUACUGGAUUAAUACGAUUAAUUGUAUUGAAUUUAUCGCACAAUUCUUUAACACGUAUCGAUGGACGCACAUUUAAAGAUUUAUUUUUUCUACAAAUAUUAGAUUUACGUAACAAUUCUAUUGGAUUGAUUGAAGAUAAUGCAUUUUUACCACUCUACAAUUUGCACACACUAAAUUUAGCCGAAAAUCGUUUACAUACAAUUGGUCCACAUUUGUUUAACGGAUUAUUUGUACUUACAAAAUUAACGCUAAAUAACAAUUUGGUGGAACACAUUGAUACACUUGCAUUUCGAAAUUGCUCUGAUUUGAAAGAAUUGGAUUUAAGUUCUAAUGGUUUAACUGAAGUACCAGAAGCAUUAAAAGAGUUAUCAUUUUUGAAAACAUUAGAUUUGGGUGAAAAUCAAAUUAGUGAUUUUCGUAAUGGUUCCUUCAAGAAUUUACAACAAUUAACCGGGCUGCGAUUAAUCGAUAAUAAUAUUGGAAAUUUAACUCGUGGUAUGUUGUGGGACUUACCAUCUUUGCAAGUGUUAAAUUUGGCAAAGAAUAAAAUUCAAAGUAUUGAACGUGGUACAUUUGAACGAAAUACACAAAUUGAAGCAAUUCGAUUAGAUGAAAAUUUUUUAACCGAUAUCAAUGGAAUAUUUGCUACAUUGGCUAGUUUGCUUUGGUUAAAUUUAUCGGAUAAUCAUUUAGUAUGGUUUGAUUAUGCCUUUAUACCAAGUAAUUUGAAAUGGUUGGAUAUUCAUAAUAAUUUUAUUGAACAUUUGGCCAAUUAUUACAAAAUUCAAGAUGAAAUUAAUGUAACGACAUUGGAUGCUAGUCAUAAUCGAAUUACGGAAAUAUCACCAAUGUCUAUUCCAAAUAGUGUAGAAUUAUUAUUUAUUAAUAAUAAUUUUAUCAAAAAUGUCCAAGCAAAUACAUUUUUGGAUAAAGCACAUUUAGCGCGUGUAGAUAUGUAUGCAAAUGAAUUGGUACAUUUGGACUUAAAUGGAUUACGUUUGGCUCCCGUUCCAUUAAAUCGAAGUUUGCCAGAAUUUUAUAUUGGUGGUAAUCCAUUUCAUUGUGAUUGUUCCAUGGAAUGGUUACAGAUGAUUAACAAUAUGACCGGAUUAAGACAACAUCCACGUGUUAUGGAUUUAGAUAACAUCAUGUGUCGGAUGACAUAUUCCCAUGGUGGAAUCACACAUAUGCCAUUGGUUGAAGCCAAACCUUCAGAUUUUCUAUGUAAAUACGAAACUCACUGUUUUGCUUUGUGUCAUUGUUGCGAUUUUGAUGCAUGUGAUUGUGAAAUGACUUGCCCACAAAAUUGUACAUGUUAUCAUGAUCAAACAUGGAGUACGAAUGUUGUGGAUUGUUCUGGACAAAAUGUGAAUGAAAUUCCACAUCGUAUUCCAAUGGAUGCUACCGAAUUAUAUUUAGAUGGUAAUGAUUUUCGAGAAUUACAAAAUCAUGUUUUUAUUGGACGGAAAAAUAUGCGUGUUUUAUAUGUGAACAACAGUGGUAUCGAAACAAUACAAAAUCGUACUUUUAAUGGUUUAAAUAUGUUGCAAUUCUUACAUUUGGAAGAUAAUCGUAUUGCGGAACUAAAAGGAUUCGAAUUUGAACAUUUAGCACAUUUAAAAGAGUUGUACUUACAAAAUAAUUUUAUACAAUAUAUUGGUAAUAUGACUCUUGCUCCGUUACGGUCUUUGCAAAUAUUACGACUAGAUGGUAAUCGAUUAACAACUUUCCCAAUAUGGCAGCUAUCAUUAAAUACACAUUUACAAUCAAUACAAAUUGGUAAUAAUCAAUGGUCAUGUCGUUGUAAGUUCUUACAAGAGUUAACUGUGUGGGUUAGUGAUAAUCAAGCAAAAAUUAAUGAUGUCUCAGACAUUUGGUGCUAUAAUACAGACUCAAAACCACCAUAUAAACGUGAAAUUAAUUUAAAUGAUACAGCUUGUAGUGAUUUUUAUUCGGGGAAUUCGGUGAUUGAAAGUAUGUUGAUAUCCGAUUAUUUACCAAUGAUGGUAAUAUCAUUAACAUUAUUUUUAAUACUUUUAGUGUUGUUAGUCUUAAUGUUUGUGUUUCGUGAAACUGUUCGUGUAUGGUUGUAUUCGCGUUAUGGUGUACGAUUGUGUCAUUUUACCGCUCAAGGUAAUAAACAUUGUGCCGAAGAUCGCGAUAAGUUGUAUGACGGUUAUGUGUGCUAUAGCCCAAAAGACGAAGAAUUUGUUGUACGAUCAAUAGCCGCUGAAUUAGAAACUGGUAGUCCGGCUUUGCAAUUGUGUUUACAUCAUCGUGACUUACCAGCAGUUGUGCCGCAAGCAUAUCUUCAACCAGCUACAGCGGUUUUAGAAGCUGCGGAAGCCAGCCGACGUGUGUUAUUAAUUUUAUCACGCAAUUUCUUACAAACUGAGUGGUCACGUUUUGAAUUACGUCAAGCUUUACAUGAAGCGUUGAAAGGCCGAGUGUUCAAAUUAGUUGUUAUAGAAGAAACUUCACCAUUACCCGAAGCUGAAUUAGAUCCAGAAUUAAGGCCAUACUUAAAAACAGCAGCAAGGGUCCGAUGGGGUGAUAAAAGAUUUUGGGAACGAUUACGUUAUGCAAUGCCCAAUGGUCAUCAUCACCAUCAUCAUACACAUCAUCAUACGAAUUCCACACGCUCAUCAAAAUCAUCACAUCACCAUCAUAAUCAUACAAAUUAUCGUACGAAUAUCAAUAAUUAUACUAUUGAUUCAAGUGUUGGUAUUACAAAUGGUGGCCAUAUGAUGGGUACACAUCACACAACAAUGAUGUACCCAGAAAAAUUAAAACCCGCACCACAAACUCCAGCAUUACAUGCACAUAUUUCAUCGCAUCCGCUAUUUCGAGCUGCCCAAAGUUGUGAUGUAAAUACAACGAAUGCAGCACCUCCCGCGUAUACAUCAAAUAAUUCUUUACAACGUAGUAAUAAUCAUACGGCGAUGGUGGGCGAUGCACCUGUAGCCGAUCAUGAUGAAGCGAAUUAUUCAUCAGCGACAACGGCAACACCAUCGCCUAGACCACAACGACGACCCUUACAACAUCCAGUGCAACAGACAUUAUCCGGUGUAAACAAUAAUAAUAGUGAACAAAGACCUCUAAGUGAUCAUAUUUAUUCUAGUAUAGACUCAGAUUAUUCAACAUUAGAACGUGGUGGUUCUGGUAGACGUAUUCCUACAGGACAUCAUCCUCAUAGUGUUGUAAAUAGCACAAUACACAAUCCUGGUGGUCAUCCCGUGCAAGCAUAUUUAGUGUGAUAUCCCCUUAACUCCUUAAUACUGUAACAUAAUAAUAAUUAUUUAAAACAAACCCCAUGGACGCUUGUUUAAGUGCCAAAGUUCUAAAGAGAAAAAAACACGUUAAAAAAAGAAAAUAAAACCAAACAAUGUAUAAAAAAAGGUUCGUUUCUUUACUUUUUUUUUUCGAUUUUCUUUUAUUCGUUUUUUGUUUUGUUUUAUUUUUCGUUUUUUUAUUUUUAUUAUUUUUUAUUUGUUAUUUGUACAGUUAUUUAAUGAAUACGUCACUUUGUAUAAAGAAAUUAGUAGGCCCGUAGAACUAUCCGUUUUAUUUUUUUGGGUGAUUUGGGAUGAAAAUCUCAAAAAUUGCAUUUGAAUAACGAAAACAUUGUGGCACUUCUGUUUUUUUGAAACACGAACUUUAAAAAUAAAAA